GAGCAUACUCGCCGAUGGCGCCGCCGCCGCCCGUGCACCAGCGCAAGUGGUUCUGCAAGCACUGCGUGCACGAGCGCACUGGGAAGCCAUUCCUCAACUUCGCCGAGAACAAGCAGUGCCACCAGUGCAAGCGCUCGAAGGGCCAGUGCUUCAACGGCUACGUGGCGCUCAAGGAGCCGUCGACGUCCACGCGUCAGCGGACUGGUUCGGGCAAGGGUUCCGAGCCGCCGUGGUCGUCGGCCGAGGUGCAGAAGCUCUCGGCCCAGGUCAAGCAGCUGCAAGAGCAGCUCAAGCAGGCCCGCAAGCCGCCGGACACCGUCAUCAUCGACGCGGACGGCGAGGGGGCGCCCGACUUGCGGGCCACUCGGGUCCGCCUCGCCGAGGUCGAGAAGGAACUGGCUGCCGCCAGGAGCUUCUCGGGGGCCGCGUGGGAGAGCCUGGCCAAACAGCUGGCGACUGAGCAAUCGCAGCUGCAACAGGAGCUGCUGGCGGCCAGGCCUCAGAGCCAGCAGAUGCGCAUCCUCCUUCGCCAGAUUGAGGGGGCCGAGCGAGGCCUUCAGAAAAGCCGCGAUUCUCUCGAAGCCUCGCAGCGGAAGGUCGUGGAGAUGCAGGCGGCCAUCCAGAAGGAGAAGGCUGCCAUCGUGCAGCAGGAGGCCGAGUUGGCGGACUUCCGGCGUCAGCAGGUGCUGCUGGUGGCCGCGUCGCCGCAGCCCGCGUCAAUGGAUGAGUGCCCGACGCCUCCCCAGGCAGUCCCCGUCCUUCAGCUUGACACGGACAAGCUUGCGGCGGUGCUUGACGGGCUCGGCGUCCAGGUGCCUGACCAGACAUCCAUGGUGCAGAGUCUGGCGCAGCAGCUGCCCCAGUGCACGGCCCAGCGGAUGGUGCAGCUGGUGCCCAGCAGCGCCCCUGGGGGCGGCGGCGGAGGGGCAGGCUCGGCGGCUGCCGGCCCGCCGCCAGUCCCUGCUGCCCCGGCCAUCUGGUCUGACGUCGGCGAGAUGCGGCAGCGGCUCGCCGAGGCUGGGGUCCAGGUCCCCGAGUCCGACGAGGGCGUGCAGCUGGCCUUUGAGAGGGGCCUGCGGGUGCCGCUCCUUUCUAGCUUGAUGCGCCUCGUCGUCAUGAUGGCUACGGUCUUUCCGAUUCUCGGCAGCAGCCCAGCGGCUGCGAGCACCUUCCCAGCAGUUGACGGUGCACCAGAUCAGAUGGCGCGCAGUCUGAUGGGCUCUGCCGCGUCGUCGCCGUUUGUCUACUUCGUGCGCCGCUCUGACCUGCAGGUGGUCGGGCUCGAUCGGAGCCCCGAUGUCAGCUGGGUGUGGCUGCGCGGCUCCUGGUGCUCGGCGGCGGCUUGCCCGGCAGCCCCGCCGGAAGCGGCCCGCCGGGCGGCCUUGGCAGUGCUGCCCGGCGGCUCUGGCGGCCUCCCCAGCGAGCCGGAGCGGGCGCUGCCGAAGCCGCUGCUGGCGCUGCCGCGGCCGCGCGGCGCCCCGCCGAGCCCUGUGCAGGCGCCCCCGGAGGCGGCGCCGCGGCCGGUGACCUUCUCGGCGCUGCCGAGGGGCCUCCAGGCGGUGGCGGUCGAGGCGUCGGUCCCCGCUCCCCCAUCGCAGCUGGAUGGAAGCGCCGCUUCGGCGGCCCCGUUGCUGCUGGAGCUGGACUCGUUGGUGCCAGCUACUCGGCCCCUGUCGUUGGACGCCCUGACCGUCGGCACAGUCAAUGGCGACACUUGGGCGGGGGCCAGGGCGGUGGGGGAAUGGCUGCAGGCCAGAGGGAGGCGGCCCGACAUCCUGUUCGUCCAGGAGACCAGGUUUUUCGACGCGGAGGCCGUCGGCUCCGCUCACCAAUGGUGCGCCAGGCAGGGUAUGCAGCUCGCCCAGGGGCCUGUUCAGCGCACUGGGGCUGGCCGCAUGGCGGUCUCAGGCGGAGUCGGCAUUGCG